GUAAAAAGUCGGGAAGAUGAUCGAAAAAUCCAAUAUUUGAAACAAAAAUAAAUAUUGCUUUGCACUGAUUGCUGAUUGCAGUACCGUUUUCCGUUCUUGGCAAAGUUCUGCUUUUGUCAUAUAGAAUUAUUUAUGAUGAUUAAUUUAUAGUACUGCCAGAAGUAACGUGCCUGUGGCGUUGCCACUGCUACUUCAACAAGAAUAUUUUGUGUACGGGAAGGCAUCUUUGCUGAUUUGCAUUUCUAGAAAGAGCCAGGCUUCCGAGACUUCGUUUCAGAAUGGUGGAAGCAGGCAAUACGCGUGUCCGCCUAAAGCGCGCCAAGGAGCUGAUUGACGAGCAGAAGUGGGAUAAGGCGCAGGACAUUCUGCAGCGUAUCUGCGAGGAGGACGGCGGGAACGCACCGGCGCUGUUGCUGAGCGGAAAGUGCGCCUUGGAGCUACAGCAGCGCGACAAGUCGCUGCAGCAGUUUCGCCGCGCGCUGGCAACUCAAAGCGAACUGCUGGCGGCCUGGCAGGGACUCCUGGCCUGGCACAAGCGUUUCGCGCCGACCGUUGCGGGAGAAGUGGAGGACCAUCAGCUUCUGGAGGGUUAUCGGCGCUGUCUGGAGGCCCUGGAGAAGGAUGAGCAGCAGGCGGCGAUGAUGAAGCCCAAAGUGAUGGAGUAUCUGCAGGGGUAUGCGCCCCUCCUUGCCGCCACAGGAAAGAUGGAGGAAGCGCUGACAACUUGGGGACGUUUGGCGGAGUUAGCUACGGGCUACGGCAACAAGGAGACGCGUCUCCACGCCUACCGCGCUAUCAUUCGCGCCAUCGUUCCUCUACCGAACAAACACCAGACCGACUUCCUCACAGCACUGCCGCCUGACCGUCUCCAGCUGCUGCUGACCACCUUUGACGCCCUGCUCAGCGAGUACGAUGUGGCGACGCUGGAAGAUGGCUAUGCGCAGGAGCACUUGAGUGUUAUGCUGCGCUUGCAGCGCCUGGUGGAUGCAGAAACUCUUGCCCACAAAUACCGCGAGCAGUACAAGGAAAUGGUGCCUUUUGCCGUGGCCGUCCUGUACAUGCUGCAGUUAGAGCGUGAUCUGCGUGGUCAACCCGUCAAGGAACCGGAAAUGAAUGCCCUGCAGGAAACUGUCGCUUCGUGGGACGCCCAGCAUCCGUUGGUCCGCAUCAAGAAAGCCCUCACGGCCUACCGCCAGCACGGUUUCGCUAAAUGCUGCGAAUUAUUGGAGAAGGCCCUUUUGAGCGCCAAGGGCUGGUCAAGUCUGCCGACCGCUUACCACGUUCCUCUUCUUCAGCACAUCGAUCUGUUGUGUCGCAAAUAUCUUGCAAUCGCUUGGAUUUGUGUGGGCGGAGAGCGGCUGGCGGACGCUGUGACGAUGAUGGCUGACUAUGCGUCGCGAAUGCCCCAGCCGGAUUGGGAGGUGUACUUUUAUUCUGGUUUCGCGCAGUUUAUUCUCGGCCGAACGGCGGCUGCGGAAGCGACACAACGGGAUGGAUCUCAGGCGUUUGCUGGGCAAACAGAUAGGAGUGAGCAGAUGCUGGUGGACUCCCUUAAGGGAAUCUUUUGUUUUGACCGUGGGGACUUUCAGGCUGCCGCCGAUUUAUUGGAAAGUGCAUUACUAGUCCGCGAGGACAAUUAUCUCUUCCAUUAUUAUUUAUUCCGUUGCCUGUGGGAUGCCGGGCAGCGGGAUCCGCGACGUUGUCUGAAGCAUCUCAAACGCGCCUUGCAGCUCUACCCUGAUUUCGCUGUUGCUCACAUGUAUCUCGGUUUAUGGACUUGGCUGCAGGACCGCGACAUCGAGGCGGCGCGCAGCCAUUUGGUGAAAUCCCAUGCUCUUUUGCCCAACGAUCCUGUUAUCGUGCGAACCCUCACUGACUACCUGACGGUGGCCUACAAGGAUGUCGAGGCGGUGCAGAUUCUGCAACAAGCGUUGAGCAGUCGGGUGUUUUCGUAUGAAGCGGCUCGAUGGAUGCGCUUGCGGCUGGCGCUGCUGUGCUACCGGAAUAAACUGUGGAUGGAAUGCAUCAGUUAUCUGCGGCAGAGUAUUGUUGAUUUUCCCCAAGAGCGUCUGGUUCAAGAGCUACUGGGAGAUGCGCUGGCUUUCCGUGGAAAUUACGGCAGUGCGGAAGGGACUUUCGCGAAGGUUGUAGAGAAAUUCGGAAGCGCACCUGAGCUGACCGCAUACAGCUCUUACCGGCGCGCUACCAUUAAGCAGACGAUGAAGAUGGACGAAGAGGCCGAGUUGGAGCUGGUGCUGUUGAGGGAGCAGUCGCCGUGGUUCCGCUAUAUGUGCCUGCAAAAUCUGGCCUUACUAUCCAUAGGGAAAGCGCAGUUGGCCUUUGAGGAGUAUCGUCCGCGAGAAGCCUUGCAAGCCAUUCAAACUGCACUGGAUCUCUUAACCGAAAUUGUCCUAUCCGGAAAUGUAUCUGUGAUGGUGUGGACGAUCCUGGGCGAUGCGUGCCUCUUAGCGCGUCACUGUCGUCCUGGGAGCGCUGUUCCCUGCGUCCUGCUCAUCGACCAGUUUCUUUGGGACGGAUCGCCUUCCGGUCAGCGCGUCGAAUUAAACGCGCGCCAGGCCAUCUAUCUAGCGACGUUGUUCUACUCCGCCGCCAUCGGCUUAAAGCGCGCUUCUGCCCGACUUUGGGAGCGUUUAACCAUGGCCUAUCUUGCCCUCGCUGAGCGGCUGGCGUUAUCCGCCGAGAAGGACGCGGCGCACCAAUGGUGGAACAAGUCCCUGUUGGCCGCUAAAGAGAUGCUGCAGCGAAACCCAUUAGAUCCGUCGUUGUGGACCACGCUGGGCAUGGUGCUUACGUCGUCUGUGGGGAAGAGCGGGGACAGUAGUCUGAUGGCGGAUGCAGCGCGAAGUCUGACAAAGAGCCUGCAGCUGUACAAUCGGGCCCGCAUCAAUCCGACUUGUACGGCUGCCAGCUGGACGUGUCUGGGUUAUCUGCUGCUCAACGCUAAGCGGUAUAUACCGGCCCAUAAAAUGCUAAAAUUGGCGCAAAAUGCCGACCCCGGUCAGGCGGCCGCCUGGCUAGGUCAGGCGUGGUGCGCCGAGCGAACGGGGCACACUUUGGAAGCGAUGGAUCUGUGCCGCCAUGCUUGUGCUCUGGGCCGACCGCACGAAGCCAUGCAUCGCUACGCUGAAUGGGUCGUUUGGGUUUUGUUGAAAAGUCAGCUGGACCAGAAUUUGUUGUGGGAAGUCAUUGGUCGGCUGGAUGCUGUGCCCACCGCGUUAGACUACCUUGGCCAGUACAAACAUAUUAUGGGCGAGAGCAGCAAAUCCUGUAUGUUGACCUGCAUUCUCGCAGAAUGGGCGGGUCUGUUGCGGACUGGAUUGGAUCAGGCCCAGAAUGCAUUGCAACUGUGCGCCGAAACUGGCGUCGCGUUCGGCAAGCAUCAGCAGAAACUUGUGGAUGAAUCCAGGUUGAAUCUGGCACGGUUCUUGAGCGAAAUCAACCGGCACAGCGAAGCUCUGGAUAUGUUAAGCAGUGUGGAAAGUGAGCCAUCACGGUGCAGCAUACUGUUGUUGCUGCUGGUGCACUUCCGACUGGGUAACUACGAGGACGCCGACGGACUGAUAGAAGUGCUCACUGAGAUGGACGCCGGCGAUGCACAGUUCAGUGGCUGUGUGCAGAUGUUGCGCUGUGUCGUGAAGCUGUACUGGUUGAUGCAAAGCGGCGGUGUGGAUGCUGGCAGUAUGCCCGAAAUGAAUGAAGCCACUCCGUUUGCAAUGCGACAGCGUGAUUGCUAUCGAUCGCUCAUCGGCGAAAAGGCACAAUCAACUGUCGAAGGUCUAGCUCUGCUCUUGGCGGUUCCUAGUGGAAUCAGUGUCGCUAGUCGAAUGCUUCACAUGCGUCCGGAACGCCCGGAUGUGCGUCUCUAUGUGGCCGAAGCGCUGCAGUCUUUCGACAUGGAGUUGGCACAACAUUUCGCAUUCACAGCCAUCAUGCUCAACGAGUGGAUGUGUGGCGACCACGGAGCGGCCGUGCAGCCGCGUCAUCUGGCAACCGGUGCUAACCGCAUCCCUUACCAUUCCCAACUGCAGCCCAACAUUCUCCAUUUUCUGCUCAAGGACGGACAAGGGACGGGGCAGCUACAGCAACAGGCGGUGCGAUUGUUUCCGUGGUUAAUUGGUUGAUUGACGUAACUUUGCGAGGCAAUAAGGUGACCGGUCUUUCCAUUUUUUUUUUAUUACAGUUGGUUUUAACAGUUGUUAUCUUUCCACACAAUCAUUUGCGAGCUUUCCUACUCGCGGACAGCACAUUAAGCGCGUAUACUAAUAAACUAAAACAUAAAAUCUGAGUAUCACA